UAAAAGAAAAUAGGAACAGGCCCAAAGUUAUAAAUGAGAUAGAUCUGGAACCCAUCGAAAUAAAAGUAGAAGCUAGUGUAGAAGCAUUUAAUAGGAAUCAGUUGAAGAAACCUCUGCAGCCCACACCAGUACAGCCUAGAGAUAAUCCCUCUUCGUCUGUUAGUCCUAACGAGUCAAAGUCCACUGUGAGCUCCUUUUGUCCUUCCCCAUUCCACUUGAUGUUAUGUUUCUACUGCGGCAUGCCGGUGGACCACCUUGUGAAGAACCCGGCGGAGGCCCAGAGAGAAACUAAGUGUAAGUCCUCGUUCCAUAAUAUGGUGUGUUUCGCGUGUGGUAGUGAUUCGUCUUUUUGUGUUUAUAAAAAUGAUAAGGGAAACCUCAAGCUGGCGGGGAUCUCCGGGAGCUCUUGCCAGGUCGAGAGAGACCCGGAAAUAAAGCAAUGAAGAUAUUGAAGAAUGAAAAAACAGAUAUAGUUAAGAAAGUGCUAGAAGUAGGAGUAAAACGGGAAAUGAAAAGUUUGCAUCAGCGAAAGCUUGAAUAUGAAGAGGCUCGUAGGCGAAUUUUUUGUGAGAAGAUAGUGAAUAAGAAGAAAUCUAGGAAUUAUAAGAAAAUCCAAAAGAUGAGGGCAAAGCAGAGGAAUUUCAAAAGAAUAUACAACAAGAUAGUAUCGACAAUUGUUACGUUGAAAGGAGACAACAGGUUUUUCGCUAAAACUAAAAUUGGCGGGCAUGCAGUGCUAGCGCUCCUAGAUUCUGGGGCAGGUGCAAGCUGCUUGGGGACGAAUUCAAGCGCGCUCCUAUGUGGUAAAGAGGACCUGAUAUUGCCAAUCAAGGGACAAAAUGUUAAAACUGCGAAUGGGGGUGAAACCGCGGUAGUAGGGGUUAUAACGUUGCCAGUCCUCUGGGACAAUACCACAAGGGACGUAGAGUUUUUGAUUGUUCCAGGCCUCCAGCAAGAAGUGUACUUAGGUGUCGACUUUUGGCAAGCUUGCGGUAUGAGUGUUGUUAGCAGGGGAGUGAGUGCGCGUGUGAAUAGUCCAACCGUAGCAGAGCUCGUGUCUGGCGAAGGUGACCUGUCAUUUGAGGCCGUGCAGCAUGUACUGACAGCAGAACAGACGAACGCGUUAGAAAGAGUGAAGUUGCAUUUCCCCUCAUUUGCGGUGUUAGGGCUGGGCCGAACAGAAGUAGAAGAACACGUCAUUGAGGUAACUAACGAGAAUGUGCCAGUAAAACAGCGUCACUAUCCCAUUUCGCCCGCUAUCCAAAAAUUAGUCUAUUCCGAGCUUGACCGGAUGCUGAGUAUGGGAGUCAUUGAGGAGUCCAACAGUAGUUGGAGUUCACCGGUCUCAUUGGUAAUCAAAGGCACAAAAAACCGUCUCUGUUUGGACGCUCGCAAGGUGAAUGAGAGGACGAUCAAAGACGCGUACCCACUCCCACAUAUCGACGGAAUUCUCAGCAGACUCCAGAAUACCAGGUUCAUCUCAGCUAUUGAUCUAAAGGACGCAUUCUGGCAGAUUCC